AUGAUACGCUGCAGGAAAAAUAGAAGUAAUUCAAGUAUAGGCGAAGGACUAAGAGUACUGUGCAUGUGCAUUGUAUUGUGUGCGUGCGUGUAUGCGUCUGAGAAUGCGCUGUGUAAUUCCCAGGAGUUUACGGAGUGCUUAGACGCCCAUACAGAGGCAAAAAACAGCGAUGUAAGAGCCCAGGAAAAGAGAAACACGUUUUUAUGCCGGAACAGAAGAAGCACUUUCAUAGGGAAGGACCUGGAGUUUCUGAUAGCCACCAACCCGGUGGAAGCCCAGAACUUCUGCAUGGCCACGGAGAGUCCUGAUUCCAGGCUCGAGGAGGCUGGGGAUAGUCCUUCCCCCCUGAAAGAGGCAGUUCUUUCUGGGAAAAUAGAUCAGAAUGUUAUGGAUAAGAGCACCCGCGCAGAGAAGAAGAAUAGUACCGUGGCUAUAUCGAAUAAUGAAGUUGCACACCAAUUUGUUCUUCCCUUUGUGAAGACUCUGGUGCUGGAGAAGAUCUGGUGCAAUACGCUCAUGAAAGUGCUUCAGGAGUGCUCAGCAGAUCUUUUGGACAUGAUCGAUGAAAUCAGCGGAGAGUGCGGAUGCGUGCCCACAGCCAUGCGCUUUAUCUACAUCUCAAGCGAGAAAAUGAGCACACUCGACAACGCCAGCAAGAGAUCCGUUGGAGACGGAAGGCAGCUCUACGUGGGCCUGUCGCUGGAGAAAACAAGCCUCCAGGAAAGUUCGAACUCAGACUUGCGGGGGAUAGUUGAAGUAGUGUACUCGGAUGAAGAGUACGAAACCCAAGCAGGAAACAACUAUUUGUGCACCUCAAUGCGCUUCAACUACGUAUACCAGAUCGUAUUCCCAAACGUCAACAAAAUAGUGCUUAAGAACGUUAUAGGAGAGAAUGUGAUGUCUGGGAAGGAGGUGCACCUAUUCGAGUCACUGGAGCAUAAGAGCGUACGAGAGCUUUGCAUCCUCGAAGAAGGAAAUGAGAGCAGGAUAUCCCUGAACAGCCUGUGCAACGCAGACAUUUUCCCCCGUCUUAAAACCAUAAAGUUAUUCGGGUGUGCGAUAGAAGAGCGCUCUUCGGAGGUGGAGGACUUUAAUAACGCAGUUGAAACCCUGGAGUUGCACCAGUACCCGGCACAGAGUCUGCAGUUUUCCCUUAUAAAGAACUUCCCUUCCCUGCGGAGUAUGACUCUCUCGAACUCUCCGCUUGUGAAGUCCGUGGAAAUAUGCGGGAUUAUGGAUAAAACUACAAAUGCAGUGAGUCUGGACACUCUCAGGAUCCAGAACUGCUGCACCCUCAAGGACUUUAUGAUAUACCCCUUCGAGAUCUCAGAGAGUGCAGAAGAGCGAAAGAAGCAGCCAUUCGAGUGCGCACAGACUCUUAAGAAGAAGAAGAAGAUUUUCAAAAAGUGCUGCAGCAUGAGCUCGAAUAAUCAGCGCCUCCUUUGCAUCGACAAGAUAUGCAUUGAAGGGUGCAGCUGCAUAUCAAUCACUCAGAAGGAGAUUAAGAAGCUGUUCCUGAGCACGGGACUGGUGGAUACUUUCAUCCUGUCUACUCCGAAAAUCCCUGCGUCUUCAAACCCGCUAGAAGCAACAGAAAAUGCCGGAGUGAAGUGUGCUGAGGCUGGCUUCCCAGACUCCAGGGAAGCAUCUGUGCCCUGCUCGCGGGCUUCCUCCGUCAGAUCUUUAGCGCCCUCUAGCAUGAAGCCCCAAAAGUCAGAGAAUCCUCAGUGUCUUGCCAAAGAGAGCAGCCAGGAAUAA